CCUUUUGUGCAGGAAGCGCAAACUUUGAUCCACAAUGAGAAGGCCCUCGAGUGGUGCAGCUGCCAGCAGCAGGGGCGGGGGUGCCAGCGAGUUUGAGCUGGUAUGCAGGUUAGAGUGCGUGCAGGGGCUUGUGGACGCGCUUACAAGCAUAAAGUGGAAGAAGCAGCAGGACGCUAUCUGCGAGCUGUCUGAGCAUGGAAUGCUGAUCGUGGUGGAAGAAUCCAGCUGCCUGCAAGGGAAGGUGUACUUCAGAAAAGAGCUUUUCAAAGAAUAUCAGUACCAUGCAAACGUCCGGCCACGGUUCGGAGUCAGCCUGACCACUCUGGUCGAUUGCCUGAACACGUUUGCCUCAACAGCGGGGACCACUGCCCUGGAGCUUCGGUACCCUGGCACUGACAUGGAACUAAUACUAAGGCUGACUGAUGAGAGUAGGAUGUGCACGGAUGCAGAGAUCCGGACGCGAAUACCAGACAGCGUACCAUACGACUUUUCGAUCGACGAUGACGAUGCCAAUGAACCCCCAGUUUCAUUUGCCGUGAAGUCAUCCGCUCUGAAGGACGCUUUUGAGGAUCUGGAGUGGCCUGGCUCCAGCAUCCAAAUUGCCUUGAACCCCGAGCCUCCAGUAGUUACGUUCCGUGGAGAGGGACAUGGCGACUUGCAAAUUGACUUCUUCUACGACAGCCAGACGGACCUGUUCAUUGCCUUCCAGUGCGACCGCGCCGCCUCCUUCUGGUACAAGUACAAGUUUCUCCGAGCGACGACCGCAAACAUUCCGGGCAGCAUUUUGAAGGACAACCGAGGGAGCAAGCUGACGAUCGACAACCGCGGCCUUCUCAAGGUACAGCACAUCAUUUCUAUCAGGCAAACAGCGGCGCAGGUCCAGCAGAAUCAAGACAGCAGCCUCGACGGAAGAAUGACGGAUCAAAGUUCUCGAAUAUCGUACGUCGAGUUUUAUGUGCUGCCGGAUGAAGAACCAGUCGACGUCAACUGAUCUUCCUCGCUGAGCUUGAGCUCCUCACGCAUGGCGUGGCCAUGUGCGCAUCCAAAUUUAC